UUUAUAGCAUGGAAACAAGAGAGCAGCUGCCCUUCAGUCUCCCUCCCUUGUGCGUUCUCUGACCAGCUCCUGUUUGUGACAGUGAGUUAUCUUUAUCUUCAUCUUUAACUCUCAGACUUAGGAACACAUUCAGGCUGUCAUCUCUCUUACUCACACACUCCCAUCUAGCAGACUCAUUUCAUCGCACAGCAAAGUCAUGGCAGACAAAAAGGACAGCAAGACUCCCAGUAAAGGCAGUCUGAUAAAAAAGAAAGAAAAGAAAGUGGAGAAAGUAGAGAGUAAACCUCAAAAGGAGAAAGAAAAGAACAAAGUUAAAGAUGAAAAGAUGGCAAAGAAGCCGGAGAAGCUGGAGAAGACCCCAGAAAAUGAGCAAAAAACUGAGGAGAUGCCACAGGGAAAUGGGGAGAUAGCAGAAGGAGCCAAAGGCCCUGUCAAAGAUGAGGAGUUUGAGCUGGAGCCCAUGGAGCUGCCUCCAUUUGAGAUCAUUGUAGGAGACAGAAUGAACCCCACCUUCUUUAAGUUCCAGUUUAAAAAUGUGGAAUAUUCUUCCGGGCGCAAUAAGACCUUCCUGUGCUACCAGGUAGACAUUCAAGGGGGCGCUGCAGAGACAGACGGCCUUCGUGGUUACCUGGAGGAUGAGCAUAUGGGUUCACACGCUGAAGAGGCCUUCUUCCAACUGGUGCUGGCCUAUUACGACAAGUCACUCAACUACACAGUGACCUGGUACACGUCCUCGAGCCCUUGCGCAGCCUGCGCCGCUAAGCUUGUUGAGAUCUUGCGAGCACGCAAGACACUGCGCCUUAAUAUCCACUGCUCCCGUCUUUUCCAGUGGGAGGAACCAGAGAUACAGGCCGGACUUCAGGCACUAGCUGGGGCGGGAUGUAAACUACGCAUGAUGAGGCCUUUGGACUUUGCGUAUGUUUGGUCUACUUUCGUUGAGAACGAGGAAGAUAACUUUACACCCUGGGAAGACUGUCAAGAUAACUAUGAUUAUUACGACGAGAAGUUGUGUGAUAUUUUAAAGUAGGAUAAGUAGCCGCUUCUGGCCUAUGAUUAAGAUCGUUUAAUACAGCCUAUGAACUGCCUUUAAGGAAAUUGGUACUUCAAAGCCAAUUAUUACAAUCACCCUGUCAUUUUAGCAGCUUUGUUUCCUCUGUCAGCACUGCUUCUCUUGUAACAUCACAUGGCUGACUUUACAUAAGUUUAUAAUCCAAUUAACAAUGAAUUCAAACUACACUCACAUAUAGUAUUUAGUGAGGUAUCUAAAGGAUAUCCUACACUCUUAGAAAAAAGGUGCAAAAAUUGUACUUUUAGGGGUACAACAGCUAGUGUUGGGGAAAGUUACAAUAUUGAGUUACUCCCUAAAAAAGUAACUAAAACUAGUUACUUUUUAAGGAAAACAAUGCGUUACGCUACUUUUGCUUUACAUUUCCUCAUCUGGGCUGGGCUUGCUUGUUUGUUUUUUAAUAACAAAAAAUUUUCUAUUUUUGGCAAGUGUAAAGGCCCUUUCACACCAAAAGUAAGCCUUAAACUGAAGGAAAUGCAAAUUCACGCCUGUACAGUAGAGGGCGCAGUUCAAACAAACCUUUCAGCUGUGCUGCAGAAGAAAGUUCAACACUCUUACUUCAUAAUAAUAAAAAAGAAACACAAAUGUGGUUUAUCUAAAGUCAUUUUUGCUUAUUAGUAUGGUUGAAUUGAAUCACUGAAUGUCUGCAGCAAAGACAAUGGUUAAUACAGUGAGAUUAAAUACAUAAAGUAUAUUUGUGUAAUUUAACAUAUUUAAUUAUUGCAGGUUUGUAACACAAAGUAACUUGUGUUACUUAUUUGAAAAAGUAACUAAGAUAUUUUGUUUUUUAAUAGUAAAGUGUUACUUUACUAUUUACUUGAAAAAAAGCAAUCCGAUUAUGUAAAUCACAUUACUUGUAAUGCGUUACCUCAACACUGACAACAGCUUGUCCCUCAAAAGACAGCUUUGUAAAUUUUUUACCCAUAAAAGUUCAUAAUAAUACCUUAAAGGAUUCGUUCACUUUCAAAUGAAAAUAACCCUAAGCUUUACUCACCCUCAAGCCAUCCUAGGUGUAUAUGACUUUCUUCUUUCUGACAAACACAGUCGGAGAUAUAUUAAUAAAUAUCCUGACACAUCCAAGCUUUAUAAUGGCAGUGAACGAUACCAACGAGUAUGAGCUACAUAUUUUACUUCAUAACUUGUUAAAUAUGGAUUUUUUUUUUUACACAAACGUAUCGCUUGGCUUCAGAAGGUCUUUAUUAACCCCCCGAAGCUGCGUGGAGUAUGUUUAUGAUGGAUGGAUGUGGAUGGAGACACUUUCUUUAGCACAUACUCGUUUGGUAACGCUCACUGCUAUUAUAAAGCUCAGAUGCGUCAGGAUAUUUAAUAAUAUAUCUCUGAUUCAGAAAGAAAAAAGUCAUAUACACCUAGGAUGGCUUAAGGGUGAGUAAAGCUUGGGCUAAUUUUCAUUUGAAAGUGAACUAAUCCUUUAAGCAUAUGUAUUGCUACUCUAAAAUAAAAUGUACUAAAAUGCACCUUUUAGUGGUAGAUAAGGUAGUCUUUUAAGGAAAAAGCUGUUCUACCCCUAAGGGUACAAUUUUGAACAUGUUUUUCUGACAGUAUAUUCCUAUUUUAUGGAGUAAAAUCUUUAGAAGCCAUCUGGGUGUAAUGAAAAAUCCAAGCAUGAAACCUAUUUUAAGUAUAUUCUUUUUCAAACCAAAAUAUAGUUUGCAAGCAUCAUGUUUAAAUAUUCUAAUUUUGUCUUUUUAAAAUAAUUUUUUUUUAAUAUUUUGAAAUGGGAUAGUGCAAAGUGGUGUAGUGAAUGGCCUUCUUGUAUGUUAAUGCAAUAAACACGAGUUAAUUUCCUA